CGACUUUCUUUACCGGCGAAAAUUACAUGGCGGACGCAAAUUGAUUAAUUGACACUGCGAAACGAGUGUUUUGUGGAGAUUGUGGUGGUUAUUUCGCUUCGACUUCAGUCCAGGAUGUCAAAGAGAAGAUUAGACGUUGAUGGGAAUUCUUCCAAUUCGCUAAGCACCGCGAAAAGGAUACGGGAAGAGCUAAGGUAGGCAAUGCGAACGGAAACUAAGCUUUACUUUCCAACUGCGCCUCUCCAAAUAAAUUAGGAAAAAUUCACAAAUCCAUUUACUAGUGUUACUGUUAUGGUACGAUAUGUUUGUUAGACUUGUGUACUAUGCUACUUUUUAUAGAACUUUACCGAAAGUGACUUAAAAGAUUAUGAGCUAGAUCGAUCAUAAGCACCACAUUCGUUUUAUAUUAAGCUUGCCUUUUUGUUAUGUGUCUUAUUUUAGUGAUUUAUUUAUGUUUUCCCCGUACUUAGUAAUCCCAGCAAUCUGCGUGGAAAGAUCAACCCUUACAAUGGGAAGCUAUUCACGGACAAAUACUUUGACAUACUGAAGAAGAGAAUUGAGCUGCCAGUGUGGGAGUACAGAGAGAAGUUUAUGGAGGGGAUGAAGGAACAUCAGGUUUUUGUUCUUGUGGGUGAAACAGGGUCUGGAAAAACUACCCAGGUAAUUAAAGUUAUGGUCACAUGCAAUUUGAACACUCUUUCAUUUGAACUACACAGUCGACUUAAAACCUUGUAUUUGGGGUCAUGAACAUUGUAAGAGGUGGGGAUACUUAAAUCCCUUAAGCUUGGUUCUCAUAUGUUGCAGACUUUAGCCUGCUCCAGUCUCCUAGACAUAUAUAGCUGGGUCAAGAAAUUGAGAAAAAAAUAACAUGGGAUGAAACUAGGAGAGGAAGGGCGUUGGAGCCUGUAAUCAUUUCUUUAAAAGGCUUGUUCCGGUAUACCAGCUUCUGGUAUACCUUCUGGUUGGUCAGAUUUGACAGGUUAUAUCAACACCUCUGAACGCAAGUCAUUCCUGUCACUCAGAAAGAUGGCAUGCAGCAUCUAUGUGCAUGAGUUAGAGGAAUCCUUGACAACUUCUGUCCAGUGGAUGAGUGUUUGCAAGAUUUCCCAACGCAACACAUAGUAGCGCUCAGGAAGGAAAAGAAGAUCUGCCUUGUGAACUUGGCGUGUGGUAAAUACCUGUUUGCGAGUUCUGCCAGUUGGCUUCGGCAAGAACAAUUUCAGCCUUAUCUGCAACUGGCGAAAGCCUUUUUAACAUUCAGAGAAAUGCACAAUAAUUGUAGUUUCUCUGUUGGUCUCGGUAAUGUAAGAUCAAGUCGGACAAUUAAAAAAACUUGAAGGUUUGGUGACGAUAUCAAAAAGGAUGCAGGGUUCUCAAUAGAAGGCGCACCCGGCGAUUGAUCGCCGCUUACUUUGGGAUUUAUAGCCGCUUACUUUGUGUUUAGGUCGCUUUUCUUUGCUUUGUUUUGGCACCUCUGGCUUUGCUGAAGAGCCUCCUACUUUAUCAGUGAUCACCUCCUACUUAAAAAUCUAUUGAGAACCCUGAGGAUGAGAAAAAUGUAAAGGAAGCUGAGAACGGAAAAUGAAUAACUAAAUUAUUUUCUAGUUGUUCAUUUCCCCACCCACUAAUUGCUUAUGUCUACAGCAACUUGGAAUCUUAGUGACAGCCCUGUAAACAGGAUAGCAAAAAUAAUAAAUGCUUUUUGUCUGAAACACCCCUACCCAAAAUUACCCUAUGUGUCUCUCCCAGCUAGAAGAACAAAAUUAAAGAUAGAUUCAAACUGACAAGUGUCAAUUUGAACUUUGUAGAUUCCUCAGUGGUGUCUUGAAACUCGUGUAGACAAACGGAAAUGUGUAGCUUGUACUCAGCCAAGAAGGGUAGCAGCGAUGAGUGUGGCCCAGCGUGUUGCUGAUGAGUUAGACGUGUUGAUUGGUCAGGAAGUUGGUUAUACCAUUCGAUUUGAGGAUUGCACAAGUCCUAGAACAAUACUCAAGUAGGUGUAACUAUCAGAAAUAGGUUGUGACUAGAAUGGAUGACUUAAAAUCAGGUUGAACAUCGUAUGUUUGUUUCACAACAUUACUCCUUGUAGAGAACCAUUUAUGUGAAUUUAUUGGGCUCAUUUUUGAGAAAAGUGGGGAAAUCAGUGUAAGAGAUAGUGUCAUGUAAAGUACAUUCAAAUUAACCGGUGUCAGCAGGUAGCCCUUGAUGGUGUGGUGGAUGCAUAUGUGGAUUAAACAUCAAAUGAUGUGGGUUCAAUUCCUACUUACUACCUACUGUUUUCUUCCAUUUUCUUUCCUCUCUUACUUACUAUUUUAACUUAUAAGACUUUUGUAUUUUGGGUAAAGAUGACAAUCUGAUUUUGGGGGUGUCCAUUCUACUCACAACCAUAGGAAUGUUUGGAUGCCCAUGGAUAGGCAAGCCAAUAAUAUUACAUGUAUUUAUAUAAUUUUAAGGUACAUGACAGAUGGUAUGUUGCUGCGGGAAGCUAUGACAGAUCCUCUGCUUGAACGUUAUGCUGUCAUUUUGCUUGAUGAAGCCCAUGAGAGAACACUAGCCACUGAUAUACUAAUGGGUCUUCUGAAAGAGGUAUUUCAUGGAAAAUGGUAUUUCCUUAGAUGAGUGUUUGGGCGCCUGUUUAAAAUUUUGGCUAAAAGGAGGGGCAUUAUUGUUAUGAAGUUUUCCUUUGAACAAAUGUUUACUUUCUUUUGGCUAAAUCUUUAAUAGGUAAUUAACAAAAACUGUAUCAUUAUCCAUGUAAAUGUUAAGUCACUAUUAAUGUCUUUUGUUUGUUUAGACAUUGGUUGGUAAUCAAGUGUACUGUGGUCCCAUCGUACACUACACACAGAUGUUUGAUAUGCAUGUGUUGCUUAUAAAAUAUAGAUUACCUUAUCAUCAUCAUUAGUGAGUUUACACAACAGUACAACAGGAAGAAGAGAAUGGCAAAAUGCUUGUGAGAGACAAGCGUGACAGGGCUAUUACUUGCGUGUUUUGUUGUAAUCUUCACUUAACAUUAAUAAUUUAUUGUCUUGUCUUUUACAAAAAGAUCUGUUUGAAGGAAGGUGAAGUUUGGCGGAAAGUUUUUUCAAACAAAUUAUUGUCACACUUGUCACACAAGGUUUGCCAUCUUCUUUCGUCUCCCGUCCUGUUGUGUAAGUUCACUAAUAUCUCAUCAAUACAGUGGCAAUAGAAACAGGUUUUCCUAUCCCUACAGUUUAAGAUAAUUUGCCUUAGGGGCUGGGCGCUUAUUCGGGGAGGAUGUGUAUUAGAUUGUGAGGGCUUAUUCAAGGAAAUGCAGUAGUAUUAUUUUUACUUUUAACUUCUGUGUACACUUGUAAUAUUUGAGGAAAAUAAUAUUACAGCAUUAGGCCUCUCACUUUAGUUUUUACAUGUGUAGAUUGUUAUUAUAAUAUGCCCUAAUAUUUUUUGGUAGGUGGUCAAACAAAGAAGUGAUCUUAAGAUCAUCAUCAUGAGUGCAACACUGGAUGCUGGAAAAUUUCAAGAGUACUUUGACAAUGCUCCACUCAUGACCAUACCUGGACGGACACAUCCUGUGGAGAUAUUCUAUACACCUGAACCUGAGCGUGACUAUUUAGAAGCAGCCAUUAAAACUGUAGUACAGAUUCACAUGUGUGAGGAAGGGGAAGGAGAUAUUUUACUCUUUCUCACAGGACAGGAGGUUUGUAUUGAACCUUUGGGUGGAGAACUCUGAGCAGUAAUCACUUGUAGAAUUUUAGCCAAUAAUUCUACCACAGAAAAUUACAUCUUAAAUUUUUGAAGCUUGUGCAAUGAAUUAAGUCUUCCUUGUUACCUGAAGGGCUAAUUAAGUAACUCACCAGGAGCCAUUUAAACUCCAGACGUUAUCAGUUUAAAGCCAGCUCUUUGAAUCAAACAAAACAGCAUGCGAGGCACGUUCCCCACACCCAUCAAUUGGCAAUGGUCAAACUCAGGGUGCUGCAAGCAAGCGCAGAAGGUAACCAUGACAACCCUGUAAGCAGUGACCACCAGACACCACCACACUGAGAACUCAAGUGGGGAGUUUUGCAGAUACUUCUGUGCGAUAUCUAGAGGAAAGGGAGGGAUGGGAGCUAAAAUAACUAAAAUGAAUGCACGCAAAGGCAUUGUGAGCAGGGCUGUCACUAAGAUUUCAAGUUGCUGAGUAUUUGCAAUUAUUAGAAGCGGGGAACUGAACAGUCACAGAGUUCUUUUGGUCUCAUUUUCCUUUUGUUUCCUACAAAAAUAGCCGGGGUUAUGCUCAUAGUUGCCGGGGGAAAUCCCCAGCUCCCAACCCUCAGUGACAGCCCUGUUGUGUGUGAAAUGAUCGACCAUAGCAAAAGUGCUGUAAAAUACUCUGCAAAUGCCCAAAGACAGGGCCAUAUAGGACUACUGAAGGAGACCACUGACCAGCAUUGUCCUGUAUUUAAUCUAGCCUAAAUUACAUUUAGGCACAUAGCAUUAUUUUUGUUUCAUGCAACUGGCCCCAGGGAUAUCACUGGGUACCACUAGCUGAGCACAGCUCCAGCUGGGCAAGAUUUUCUACAUGUUCGCGUUAUGAAAAUAUUUACUCAAUUUUGUAGGAAAUCGAGGAAGCUUGCAAGAGGUUGAAGAAGGAAAUUGACAACCUGGGUCCAGAGAUUGGAGAGUUACGCUGCAUUCCUCUUUAUUCUACUCUUCCUCCUGCUCAACAGCAGCGCAUCUUUGACCCUGCUCCACCUAAAAGACCCAAUGGAGCCAUUGGUCGCAAGUGUGUUGUGUCUACUAACAUUGCUGAGACAUCCCUCACUAUUGAUGGUGUUGUGUUUGUUAUUGAUCCUGGAUUUUCCAAACAGAAGGUUUGUCAAAUCUGCACAAAGUGUCGUAGAAAAUGCAAAGAAAGUCAGUUUUAAAGCUUACCCCUCUGUAGCUGCAACCCCAGACAAACCUGUUGAGACAUUUCUAAGUAUUUUUUAAUUUCUUGCCAUGCAACAAUCUCUCAACAGAGCAAAGUUGCCCCCCUCCCCACCUCUGUUGAAAGUUGUUUCGGCCUAACAGCUCACAUGUGCAUUUCUUGUGUUGCCACAAACAACACUGGAAUAGAGAAGGGGGAAAUGGCCUUUCAAUUUGCCACAGUAAGCAUUUUUGUGGGGAUGAGUACAAAAAAAAAGGUAAUUUUGUAAUGUGUCUCAAGAGGUUUUGUCCAAGGCUGUAGUAUGUACUAGCCUGCGAGUCACUUAAACCAUCCUGAAAAAAAGUUAUGGUUGAUUAAUUUAUUACACCUGUCCAAUGAUUAACUGAUAACUUGCUUUGUUUUCAUCGUAAUAUCAAUAAAUGAAAUAACUUCUCUUCGUCAGAUCAGCUUGAAAAACAGCUUUCAAUCCAGCUGAUUAAUUAUAAGUAAUAAUAACAACAACAAUUUGUCUUACAGUACUCUUUUAAUUUCAAUUCUCCCUAGACUUCACUUGCCCUUCAAGCAAGUUAACAACAGAACUCGCGAGCCCAAUUGCAAAAUCCUCCAGUUCUAGGCUAUCAGACACAACUUUCUUUGCAUGCUGCGUAUGUGACAUAUUAUGAUGAUUUAUGGUGGUUAUUAUUGUGUACUUGUUGUACCAACAGGUGUAUAAUCCUCGUAUCCGGGUUGAAUCUCUGUUGGUGUCAGCCAUCUCUAAAGCCAGUUCCCAGCAAAGAGCAGGUCGUGCUGGCCGUACUCGUCCUGGCAAAUGUUUCAGGCUGUAUACUGAGAAAGCUUAUCAGAGUGAAAUGCAAGACAACACCUAUCCUGAAAUCUUGAGGUCUAACCUUGGUACAGUGGUGUUGCAGCUCAAGAAGCUUGGCAUCGAUGAUUUGGUGCAUUUUGACUUCAUGGACCCCCCUGGUACGUCAUGUUGCAAUAUAUAACUGAAUAUUAUUAUGUGACUUCUGCACAAGUUAUCAAAGCAGUCAUACAGCUUGUUGUUGUGUGGCAUGUCAGAACACUAUCUGCAGCUGUUGUCUAUGACCCAGGAGUAUACUUACAUGUAUUUGUCCUUUUUUAGCUCCCGAGACAUUAAUGAGAGCCCUUGAACUGUUAAAUUACCUGGGUGCUCUUGACGACAAUGGUGACCUGACUCCCUUGGGAUCCAUGAUGGCAGAGUUUCCUUUGGAUCCUCAGCUUGCUAAGAUGGUGAUGGCAAGCUGCGAUCAUAACUGUUCCAAUGAAAUCCUGUCCAUUACAGCCAUGCUCUCAGGUGAGACACACUAUUCUCGUCCUAUUUUCAAACACCAGCAGUGAGCUGUGAAAUUGAAUUGCAGCUUUUUUUCAUUUCUAGGUGUAUGGAUAUCAGAUACAGAGUGUAUCUAGGGUCUCAAUUAAUUAAUGUAUUUUUAGGAGAUUAAAAAAACUGUAAAAUGUUCAUGAUAUUGAAGAUCUGGAUUCUAAACUUCUUUCACACAUGUCAAGUGAUUUCCUUUGUUUUUUGUUCAUGAAUCGCUUAUGGGAUUAUAAUAAUUAUGCCAAUUUUGAAUCAUUAAAAUUCAUACUUGUCCUUGAGGCUGAGGCAAAUAAAGCAAGAGAAGUAAAUUAUUCAUCUGUGAAUCAAAAUGCCAUUCAGUUUGUUUUGUUCCCUUCAUCUCGGAAACAAGUGUGAAUUUUAUUUUAAUGAUUCCCAAACUGGCCCAUGGGAACAUGCAGUUGCACCAAAGGUUCUAAUGCACAUUGUAUGUUGCAACAUAGUUUAAGGUUCAUGAUAUCGUUGAUUUUAUUUGGAAUAGCAAUAACUGUACACUGAACAUUAAAAUCAUGACUUUGUUUUCAGUUCCUCAAGUUUUUUUGAGACCAAAUGAAGCAAAGAAGGCUGCAGAUGAAGCAAAAAUGAAGUUUGCUCACAUCGAUGGUGACCAUCUGACCUUGUUGAAUGUUUAUCAUGCCUAUAAACAGAGUAAGUCACCUUUGACAAAUCUAAAACUGAAUUUUUGCCAGACUGCAGUAAAGUGUACCGUCAACUCUCUCUUAAUGGACACCUCUGUAAAACAGAGACCGAGAGUAGGUGCCUGCCUUUCUUUACUCCCUUUAUUUGAUUCUCUGUAAGACAGACAUAACUCUUAUACGGGCACACAGUACAGGUUCCAGAGGUGUCUUUCUUAGAGAGAAUUGACUGUAACUUCACCUGUAUUAAUUCAAUUGUAAUAUUUUACUGUAAUUUUUAUUGUUACGUAGACCAUGAAGACGUACAGUGGUGUUAUGACAACUUUAUUCAGCAUCGAUCACUCAAGUCAGCUGACAAUGUGAGGCAGCAACUUGCCAGAAUCAUGGACAGGUUCAACCUGGCACGUCGCAGCACUGACUUCAACAGUCGCGACUAUUAUCUGAACAUCAGGAAAGCACUUGUGGCUGGAUUUUUUAUGCAGGUAUCAUAACAACUUACAGACCUUAUUGAGAAUCACUUCAGCUCUUAUCAGAUUUGGACUCUUUCCCCUGUUAAAGGGAUCCACUAAUACACAGACCAACCAGCUUAUUAAUUAUAAUAUUAUUACUCAAUAAUACUCUUUCUUCUAAUAAGCCCUUUUUUCCUGAGUGCCAGACAAACAAUCAUGAAAAAAAAAACCUUUAAACUGCUGGUCUUCUGAAGUUCCUCAUUGUGAAAGGUCAUAAAAUUGACACUGCCUUUUACUAGUAAAGUUAAAAACAGAACUUUUUUUUAGUUUUCAUGCUGAAUGCCUUUUUUAUAAGGUCUGUCCUUUUAAUCUUUGUACCUGGUAUUAAAUUCUCUCCUAUGUGUGUAUGUAACAACUGUCUUUGUUUAAGACUCAAACAAAAAGGGUUAGGCAAGACCUUUUGCACUACAGUACGUUAUGUGAGGUGGUGCACCUCUGGCAAAGCAUAACAUCCUGCCCAGGUGGUGGGGUAGUGGGAAUAAUUAUGUGUAGUUGUUUCAUGUUUCAUGUUGUUGGCUUAAGAUACACCCCUUUCAGGUGCUUGGUAAAAGGCCUGAAUGAAAGUUUCUCAUUUUGCUUCUCAAGGAAACACAAGGCAACUUAAAAGGGCAAUCUAAAUGCUUAUCAAAUGCACCCCUUUAAAUUAAAAUGCACCUUAACACAUUUCAAGGUGGGAACACUGUACUUUCAGGCCAGGGGGAAUGGAUAAUAUACUGAAUGUCCACUGUUUUGUCUCCUUGUGGUUCAAGGUGUAGCAAAGUGUCAAAUUCAUGCUUUGAAUACUGAGGAAACUGUUUGUACUGAAAAAAAUCACCAAGUGUUCCAAACAUGGGUCUUGACAGUUUCCUUUACCUUUUACCCUAGAAGUAAGUAGUCAUCAGUGAGGGGAAUGUUCAGUGAUCCCCCCAGAAUUGACUGCAUCCACAGUUUCAGCUAUCAGAAGUUGCUUGAAAAAAUUCUUUUUUUAAGUUAAAAAAGUGGAAGGAUCUUGCAUUUUGCCUGUUAGAAAUAAUUAAUUAUGUGGAUUUACAUUACCCCUGCUGAUGUGCAAAACAAAGUUAAUGUCAUCUGCCUUUGCCUUUUAUAUAUGCCCAUCAAGAAUAAGAUUUGCUGGCUCUAAAAAUCGUCAAUUCUGGGUGCAUUGAGCUGUUCCCCUGACUGACUGAGUAAUUUUAUUUGAAGUGUCUUAGAUACUGACCAUAAAAUCUGUGAAUCCUCAAUCUCCCACCCCACCCUCCCUGCCACUUACUGUUCUGAUGAGUAGGUAGCUCAUUUGGAGAGGUCUGGACACUACCUUACAGUCAAAGACAACCAGGUUAGUAAAUGAAGCACUCACGAUAAUGAUAAUGAGUAUGAGUGAAAUGAUACAGUGAAACCUCUAUUAAGUGGACACUAAGCCAGGUCCCGAAAUUGACGUCUUAUAUUUCCCUUUAUAACAAACCUCUAUUAAGCAGAUGUGGACCCUAAAAUAAAUUGUAAAUUCUAAUUUGGCUAUUGUUAAUAACCUCUAUUAAGCGGACACUGGACUGAAUUGACAUUGGUAGUAUUGGAUUACAUCCUUAAAAUAUUUACUGUAGUCGAUCACCCACCAAGGACGAGGGCCGAGGUGGAUAACACCCUCCGAGAUCUGCUUAAUUCUUCAUAUCCUACGAAAGCCGAAUUCAUUAAUUGCAUUAUUCAGGGUUUUCAUUUGAGGCCGGAGGCCGGACGUUUCGUCCGGUCGUUUGCCAUUCCACGUCCGGUACUUUGAGAUCAAUAUUGGCGAUUUUUUUUUACUACUGUAUUAUAUAUUUUUCUUACUAAGGCAUCUCAUGAACAUACUGACUAGAGGAUAACAGAAUAAUCAAUUACAUUCUUCAAAACGGCCAUAUAACUCUUUUUUCUUUGCUUAUUGAGCAACGGGAUAUUUUAUUGGUUUCCCCUCUUCAUUUAAACGGAAUUGAAGUGACUAUUUCGUUCUCAUUCCUGCUCGGCCAAGUCUUGAGGGAAAUCCCCAGGUAAAACAAAAUUCUGUUGUUGCCAUUCUCCCUCCCCCUCCCCCUACCAACUGACCAUUUUCAUUCAGUAAUUUACUUUUUAAAGAGAAUUUUAGUGAGCGCCAGCAUUGCCUAGGAAACUGUUUCCUUGGUUCCAGAAACGCUGGAAAUGGCGUUUCUGAGUAUUCUAUUUUAAAAAUUUCCUGGGGAGGGCAUGCCCCCAGACCCCCCUAGCUGCUUGCGCCUUCGGCGCUUGCGACGCGCCUUACGGCGCCAAGAAAAAAUUCACGUCCGGUGCUUUCAGAAGUAUGUCCGCUACUUUACAAAACAGUUGAAAACCCUGAUUAUUAUUCAUUCAAAAUAAUUCUUAGUUUAAAAACGUAGCUAAAACAUGCUUACCUGCAUCAAUGUUAAGUUCAUCUUCGAUAGUGUACAUUUAGGUUUGUCCAGCUCCACAAAUAUUCUCCAAAUACCAGCAGAUGUCGCCCUCCCAGUUGUCUUCUUGCUGUUUUUGCUAUGUUUUUAGCUAUUAUUUCGCCUAGUUCCAGCUGUAGUUCUUACUCUUGAAACGAGUGAAGUGUCUGCCAACUCAGCCUCGUCCGCAGGUCUUCUCAGUAACUGUGCCUUAACUUGUAGCAGGAUGCAUUUUUGACAUCAUUUCCUGGUUAAAUGCUAAAUUCUUCCAAAUUUGGUCAUCAGUAACUGGUUAUGGUGAAUUAUGCGAGUGCUUUUAGCCAAUCAGAUUUGGGGAAAUAUUUUGAAUUAGUAAUGUAAGAUGCUAAUUCUGUUUUUUAUUCAAAAUGCUGAUCAAUUGAUUUUUUAGGUUGUACAACUGCAUCCAUCUACUUGUUUGGACCACAAGCCUGAGUGGGUGCUGUACAAUGAGUUUGUCUUGACCACAAAGAACUACAUUCGAACCUGCACUGACAUCAAGGCUGAUUGGUAAGUAAUGGUUGUAUUUUUAAUAUAUUAUACACUGUAAAAUACCUGCAAUGAUAAUGGUGACAGACCACAAGGCUGAAAAAAACAAACGUGAUUUCCAGCAUGUCCUUUGGAGUUGCACUGGAGAAAAAGCCCUUAAUGUUAUGCUCAGGGUUUUUUAAAAUGUUAUUUUUAGUGAUUAUUCUUCUCUAUAAUAUGGCAGGCUGGUGAAGAUUGCACCUCAGUACUACGACAUGAGAAAUUUCCCGAUGUGUGAGGCCAAGCGUGUAUUGGAAAGAAUCCUUGACAGACUGCAGAAGAACAGAUAAAGCUAACCAACCCAUGGAUAGCUGCUGAAUGGAUGUUAUUCCUGUCUACUGCUCAAAGAACUUACAAGUUCCAAAGUCAAAAGACAAAAACAGUUAACAGCCAUACCAUUGGUUCAUUGUACUUCCGCAUGCUUAAAUGUUCUUGCAUGUGCUGUACUCAGCAAUGUCAGGUUUCUACACACACCUUGAUAAUUUUAUAUCAAAAUGCUCCGUAGCUUUCUGAUGUAGGUAACCAUCUUUGUGGAGAGUUUAGUGUUGUAAAUAGCUAUAGGCUACUGGUAUGUAAACAAAAGCACAC